AUGAGCUCCCCCUCCGACCCCGGCCACCUUCCAGCUCCCACUCCUCCACCAGAUCCUCUUCCCCCCGCCUCAGUAUCAGGCUCAAGCUCAAGCGCAGCCACUCACAAGGCCUCCGCGCCAAAACCUAAAUCCCCAAUCACCACCGCGCCAUCACCAUCACCACCAAAACCAAAACCAAAGCCCCCCUCCAGAAAUGCCGCCGCAAUUCCGGUUACGGCAGCUACCGUCUCCCGUAGCUCCCCUGCGGCGACCAGCGGCGCAACCUCCGCCCGCCCGGAGGACUACACGCCGCGGAUGGACAUGGAGUUCGAUUCGGAGCAGCAGGCGUACGAGUUCUACCGCCACUACGCCUUCAAGGUCGGCUUCAACGUCCGGAAGCGCUACACCAACAAGAGCAGGAAGACCGGCGAGGUCACCUCCUGCAAGCUAGCCUGCUCCCGCGAGGGACACAAGCAGCAGCAUUCCAGCGCCGCCACCAAGCCCCACAACGGCGCCGCCAUUUUCUUGACUGAAUCCCGCACCGGCUGCAACGCCCACCUCACCGUCCGCCGCAACAAUCCCGGCGACAGGUUCCAGGUCAACGCUUUCCAGCCGCGCCACAACCACCCGCUCUUCGCCCCGCCCCGCGGCGUGCCCAGUCCUUUCCACUUCCAUGAUGCCCCUGUUCCACCACCUGAUUUUCCUAACGGUGAUGCCGGCGCGUGUCCCGUCGGUGAAGGGCCACUGCGGACUAGGCGGCAGUGGGAGAUGAAGUACGGAGAGGCCGCCGCCCUGCUGAACCACCUCCAGCAGCAGUCUCUGGCCGACCCGGCGUUCCACCAUGCCGUGCAGCUGGACGUCGAGGACAAAGUAGCGAAUGUUUUCUGGGUCGACGCGAGGAUGGUCAUCGACUACGGCCAGUUCGGCGAUGUCGUCGCCUUCGACGUCGUUUCUAGGAACAGCAUCAGCCUCCGUCAUCUCGCCUCGUUCGUCGGCUGCAACAACUUCGGUGAGCCUGUGGUCUUUGGACUGGCGCUCAUGUACGACGAGACCUGCGAGUCGUUCCAGUGGCUGUUCCAGAGGUUCCUGCACGCAAUGUCUCGACAAGCGCCAAUGACUUUCUUCUCGCAUCAGGACGCGGUCAUAGCAAAGGCCCUGUCAGUAGUGAUGCCUAGUACGAGCCAUGUUAUAUGCACGUCGCACAUUAAGCACGGCGCAACCUGGAAUGUUAAUCAUCUUGCUAAGGGUCACUGCGAUUUCAUCAACGAGUUUAAGGCGUGCAUCAGCGAGUAUGAUGAGGAGGCGAAGUUUCUGGCAGCUUGGGAUGCUAUGAUCAGUAAGUAUGACCUUCGUGGUAACGUAUGGUUGCAGAAGUUAUUUGAAGAGAAACAGAAGUGGGCUAGGCCCUAUGCAAAAGGGAUCUUCACAGCUGGGAUGAAAGGCACACAAUUGAACGAGCGCCUGAAUUCUGACGUGCGGGAUCAUUUGAAAGCCGAGGUGGAUAUUGUUCUGUUCUUGAAGCAUCUUCAGAAGGUGAUCAACGACAGGCGCUACAAAGAACUGGAGGUUGAGUACAACUCGAGGUUGAAGUUGCCUUACUUCAAAAUUAGAGCUCCUGUUCUGACACAAGCUUCCGAGGUCUAUACCAGUGUGAUAUUUCAGUUUCUACAGGAAGAAUUUGAGGAGUUCCAGUCAGCUUACAUUGUGAACCGUGAUGAAAGUGGCCCGUGUCGCGAGUAUGUUGUCUCGAUUGUUGAAAAAGAGGAACGGUAUACAGUUUAUGGGAACUCUACGGAGCAGACUGUUUCAUGCUCAUGUAGGAAGUUUGAGACAAUCGGCUUCUUGUGUAGCCAUGCUCUAAAAAUUCUAGAUGCUAUGGAUAUAAAGUAUAUACCGGAUAGAUACAUCAUGAAGCGGUGGACCAAAUACGCAAGGUGUUUGAACUCACCAGAGGUUCUAGGGCAAGAAGUUCAAGUAGAGAAAUCACUGGAAAUUUCUAAUCGCUAUCAGUACAUGUGCCCGAAGUAUGUUAGGCUUGUUUCCCGGGCAUCAGAAUGCGAGGAAUCCUGCAGAGUGCUAGACCAGUUUUGGGGAGAACUUAGUGAUAAAGUUGAAGAAAUCCUACAGAAACAAACCAGCAUUGGCACAUCUGUGAGACAGCCUGAUGUUCAGAGUCUUAAGAUAGCCUUAUCUUCUAUCACAAAAGGCGCUGAAUCAGAAAAUGUCCUGGACAAAUCAAGCAGCACAGCAGCAAAAGUAUUAAAGAGGAAAGACCAGAAAAGUAAAAAUCAUCCGAGAAAUUGCAUUGAAAAAGGUCUGAGGAAGAAGCAGAAAGUGCACUCAGAAGAACCUACAGUGCAGUAUGCUUUUUUAGAUGCUUCUGCACAAUCUGGAAAUGCUAUGUUUCAGGACUUGGAGGCUCCUCCUAACAUGUCCCAAAUGGGUAGCCAAACUCCAUCUUAUAAAGCUUACAUGGGGACUGGCCUUUCAAGUCCUAUGGGGACAAUCAACUAUGAAGAGAUGCACUCUGGCGCAAGUCCAGCAUUCUCUCUGUUGUUGCCUUCUCAGGAACUAGACUUUGUCGCCUGUCACACUUCUCAGGUGUCAAGUGACAGCCAGCACAACCAGAAAUCAGUGUCUACUUGAAGACUCUUGUGCUUCUCUCUCUGGAGCACGAUCUAUGGGAUAUGUGGGCUCUUUGUGGUAAACUGAAUGAUUCUCAUGGCUUACGAUGUCUACACGUCAUCAUCAACUCUAUAUGACAAUGAUAAUCCGCACAGGUGGGCUUAUAUAUUUUGUAUGCCGCAUUUCACUUGCCACCGUAGUCCUCUCUAGUUACUAGCAACCUAGUCACUUCGGUUUAUUUUAGUUUACAAGUUGGUAUUUGGAGCUUUGUUAUAUAUUUGUUGUGCAUGUGCACUUUAGCCUGCAAGUGGGCAUACCCAUGGGUGCCCACCAACUGCCUACUUGUAUCCAUUUAAUUUAAACGGGAUGCCACUUUGUCUCCGCAUAAUACGCUAGUGCUAAGUGGCGUCCGACGUUUAUACCCGCCAGCAUCGUCAGUCAAAGAAAAGCUAGCGGCCAGCGCUCCAUCAGACUAGCAGGUAGGCAUCCCAUCAAUUGGCCUUGAGUAGUACUGAAAGAGCAUGAAUGAUGUACUGGCA